CUCCCCUCCCACCCCAAAACUGGAGAGGAUCUCGCUGGCAAGCUUGUGAUGGACCCCUGGGCCCCUGCCGGGCCACCCCAGCCAUGGGAGAGGCAGGCAGCCCAGGGGACACGGGGAGACGUGCCCCAUGGUCCCCCACCUCAGCCCAGGAGGCAGCUCCUCCGUGCGGAGCCCCCUCCUCGGCCUGGCUCCUGGGAUGGGAGCCACCUCCCCAGCCAUCCCUGGGAUGAGGGCCACCACCCCCGGAGGGAUGCCCACAGACCAGCUUCCCGGGCUGAGUACUAUGGAAGCAGCCACCAAAACAGACCAUACUCCAGGCAAGGAUAUGAAGAUUCCCACUGGCAGUAUCCAGCAGCCAACUACGGGGAUGACUAUGCCUACCAAAGCCACCAGUGGCGGCCAGUGACCUGGCAGGGUGACAGUGACCUAAGACGGGGAGAGCCUUAUGGCAAGACUUCCAAAUACCAGGACCAACAUUACUACAGGGGUUACCACCCCAACCUCGCCACACCCCCCCUGGGGCAGGACAGGACACAGACCUAUGACUCCUCCAAGGAGAGAUAUGUCUCAGCUGCCCGUCCUGAGUGGGCAGGGGGAGAAACCCUUGGCAGUGAUUCAGGGGAGGCUGGUGGCCAGUCCCGAGAGCCCUCGGGCCAGCCCAACCUGCUCCUGCAGUACCGUGAGUCAGGACUCAGCUCCAGCAGCCACGAGCUCAGCCAGUACAUCCAUGACAGUGCCGACCACUACGACCCCAUGCUUUCAGGGACCUGGAGCUUGGCACAAGCAGGAGGUCCCUCGGUAUCCACCCCAGCCCCGGUGGUGCCCCUCAAGUUCUCACUGCCGCACGUGGCUGUGUGCUUUGGAGCCGGAGGCCAGCUGGUGCUGGUGUGUCCCCACCACCCUGCCAAGGGACAGCUAGCCCAUGUCCAGCUACACAGCCUAGAGGUAAUUCUUCAUGACACAAAAGAGCUGGAGGAACUACAGGCCUUCCCAGGGCCCCUGGCCAGGGAAGAUCUACACAAGGUGGACGUGAUGACAUUUUGCCAGCAGAAGAUAGCCACAAGCUGUGAUCUCUCAACACAGAGAGGCAGAGAUUCAGCUCUUCUCUGGAAACUCCUGGUCCUCCUCUGCCGGCAGAAUGGGUCCAUGGUGGGCUCAGACACGGCUGAGCUGCUGAUGCAGGACUGCAGGCGCCAAGAGAAGUACAAGAGGCAAAACCCUUCAGCAAACCUGAUCGGCCUGACAGAUGAUGAGUGGAUGUCACGUCAGCCGGGGACACUGGACCUCAUUACAGGGGAGGUACCUCCCGUCGUGGAGACACAGGCACAGAUAGUGGAGAAAUUCACCAAGCUCCUCUACUACGGCAGGAAGAAAGAUGCUCUGGUCUGGGCCAUGAGAAACCAUCUGUGGGGCCAUGCCCUCUUUCUCUCCAGCAAGAUGGACCCUCGGACCUACAGCUGGGUGCUCACUGGAUUCACCAGCACGUUGGCCACCAAUGACCCCCUGCAGACCUUCUUCCAGCUCAUGUCAGGAAGGAUCCCUCAGGCAGCUCUGUGCUGUGGUGAUGCCACGUGGGGAGACUGGAGGCCCCACCUGGCCGUGCUGUUGUCCAACAAGGUUGGAGACAUGGAGUUGAAUCACCGAGCCAUCGUCACCAUGGGAGACACUUUGGCUGGCAAGGGAGCAGUCGAAGCAGCUCAUUUCUGCUACCUGAUGGCAGACAUUCCUUUUGGUUACUUCGGGGUGAAGGCAGACCGCAUGGCUCUGCUGGGCAGCAGCCACCGUCAGGCAUUUGCCCAGUUUGCCAGGACGGAGAUCAUCCAGCGGAUGGAAAUCUUUGAGUACUGCCAGCAGCUACGACAGCCCAAAUACUUCCUGCUCCCCUUCCAGGUGUACAAGCUCCUCUACGCCUCUCGCCUGGCUGACCAUGGACUCCCAGCACAGGCCCUGCAAUACUGUGAGCAGAUUGCCACCGUGCUCCUGGACCAGGAUCCUGCCAGCCACCCUGUCCUGGCCCAGCAAGUGAUGAAGCUAGCCGAGCGGCUGAAGCUCUCCGACCCACUGCUCCUGGAGAUGCCAGAACAGGACCAGACACUGGAGCCCGACUGGUUGGUACAGCUCCGAGCCUGCUGCCAGGAGUGGGAGGUGGAAGACAACCUCCCUUCAGAGGUGGCACCUGCUCAGCUAGACCUCUCCUGGGAUGCUGCAGCGACAGCAGAUGCUGAUCCUGGCCAUGAGCUUCCUCAGAGCAAAGGCUUCCAGUAUGACCAGUGGUACCAGGCUGUGCCACCCCAGGGACCCAGCUCCCAUGAGGACAUGUCUCUCCAGCCCCCAGCACGUGCUCAGGUCACAGCAUCACCACUGCUUGGUGUUCAGCAAGACCCGUUGCCCCCCACGGUGACCCCAGGGAUGGCCACCCCUCCAGGAGGGGUUUUUGAUGAACCCCCUCUGCAGGUGGUGCCAACGGCAGGAGAAGCUGGGGAGCCCCGGGGUGCCCCACUGUCCCCUGGUGGGGUGCAGCCAUCCCUCCCAGCAGAGCAGGAGGAGUUAAAGGCAAGGACUCGGAGCAUCUCGGAUACCUCCACCAUCUCCUUGGGAGAUGACAGCCGGGCUUCCUCAGAAAGUGCAGCUGAAGACACCACUGAAGAGACGGCACCAGCAGAGGCGGCGAAGCCAGAUGAGGAUAAGAGCUCCGGAUUCAGGUGGUUUGGCUGGUUUCGGUCGAAACCCACCAAGGAAUCAUCUCCCAAAGCCUCCUCUGAGACAGUCCCGAACUCCCCCACGCUGGAACCUGAGGAACGGACAUCGCCAUUGCCACACGAUGCUCCUUUUGCAUCUGGGACAAGCCCUUUGGCUCAGCCUCCAUCCAGAAACCCUGGAGGAACGCAAGGUGAAAAUACCUUUCCAGCUACUCCAGUGUCUGUUGAGGUGAAAGGCUUGUGGGAUCCAGAAGCUGGGGAGUCAGCAGGAGAGCAGACUGGCUCCCACAAAUCUCCCCCAAUGGUGGGGACAGUCCCCCUCUUCAACCCUGCCCAGGUGUCUCAGAUGGCUGCUGCCUCUAGACCCAACCAACCCCGGCUGCUCUCCCAGCGCCGCUACCCCAACCUGCUGUGAGUGAAGAGUGGCAGAAAGGAAGGGGGGAGAAAUCAACAGAUUAGAAGUUGAAAAGUUUUUAAAAAAA